AUGAGUUUGAAUGUUUCAAAUGAUGAUGCUGCUGCUCAUUUGAAAACAUCAUUGAGAAGGCUUUUAAGAUCUUAUCUUAAGAGCAUCGAAAACAAUGAUGGCGAUCAGUGCGCGCUUAUAAGAUUAAUCGUCAUUGAUGAGAAUAAUGAGAAGCGGGAAGAUAUAAAAUUAUUGAAACGUGAUAAAGAUAAAAUUGUGCAAGAGCAUUAUAAAAAUGAAAAAUGUUGGAUUCUUGCAUCUAUUGUUAGUACUUAG